CCAUUGCCCCUGCCCCCCCUGACCCGGUCACCGGUACCGGCUGCCUGAUUCUCCCCCCUGCCUGUCCUGAUUGCGGCUUCGGUGCAUCCCCCCUCCCUCCGCCUACUUGGCACCUCUCGUGCUGUCUCUCAGUUCUCAGUAAUUGGCACCCGUGAGCGCGAGCAUUCGCGCACCAGGCAGGAAAACAUAGGAAAGGGGUUGGGGGACAUGAUAGAGAGGAGCAGACAAGCGAAACAAAUCGGGGUCUGCGGUGGUGGGGUUGGGGUUGGGGGUGGGGAGGGGGUAGAGGUUGCGGGGGGAGCCCGGGCCGGUAGGACAUUCACUGGGAAAGCGCCUUUUGCCCCACGCAGGAAUGAUCUUGAAAUCCUGGCCCUUUCGCGCUGUCUUAUCAUGAACAUCGUCUUCUGCCCCUCGAACCAACGACCGACGUCUAUGUUAUUUUAUGGCCAUAAAUUCGGGAAAGAAAUUCCUACGAGCACGAAUUCUGAAGCCCAGAUUCUGGAAGAUGUCACACUCUCCAACUUUUUCUGCUCAUUUAGCCGUUUGGCGCACAUUGCCCCAUGCCCAUUUUCCAGGCAGCAGCGAGGCGAAUCAUUUGCCUUGCUAUUGCGCCCGCUUUGCAUCCGUGCCCUUCGCCCAAACAUAAUCAUAUCUCGCAGCAUUCGCGCAGCAAAUCGCAGAGCAGGGUGCUUCCUCCCUUUCCGUCCUCGAGCUUAUAGUGCAAUUCCGUGGAGUUAGUGUACGAUGGAUAUAUCUCUAUGGCUCUGCGCUUGAGAAUUUUUUAUUGUGCUAGCUAUCAUCGAUGAAAGUGGUUGAGAUCCCACCUUCUCAACUGCGGACUCUGAACUCGACGAGUCGAACCUAUCAAGGGGUGACGACAACAGAAAUUCAUGUUGGCCAGCCGAGGGAAGCGACAGCUCGGUGCUGUGUCCUAGAGAGAAAGGAGAAAGCGAUGGUGCUUCAGGGCGUUCGUUUCCAUUUAGAAAAGCACGAGUCGUUAAAGUGCUUAAAACUAGAUUAGCGUGGGAACAGACGAAGAGCAUUGGAAUAUUAGGUCCGGAUAUUGACUGGUGAGCAAACUGACUUUGACGUCACAAAUAGAUUCAAACACUUCAAGUAAUAAUUCAAACCCUUUAAGCUUUUUACGCCAGAAACCUACUCCCCCCCUCCACGAAGCACGGCCCUUUCUCUUAGUGCAGACACCACCCUUUUCUCAAAAGGCAUGAGUCAAUCAAUGGAGCGGAAUAUUUACAGUUGAAGUGCUCCGAUCUAGAUUUUCUCGACCUCACUCUUAUCUUGUCAUCUGUUUCCUACAUUCCUCCCCCAUCCUAAAGGGGGUAACAUGCCCCAUUGGUGGGUCCUGCUGUCCUUAAGCUGCAUCGCACUACUGUACUCUGUAAGCUGCUUCCCUUCGGAUCCCUUUGGCGACACUUAACAUGCUCCCUCCCGCCAGCCAGGAGCUUUUGAAACACUUAAAUUAUAGGAUUAAGGGUGGGGGUGGGGGUGGGGGCCCAGUAGAUAAGGAAAAAGGAUGAGAGCACUCCAUCGAGCCGCACAGGGAUGAAAUCAGACGGGUAGCGAGAGGUUAGACCCCGAAUGGAGAUAUGGUUAGUUCCGAUUCCGAUUACACAGUGAGCAUUUGGAACAGGAUCACAUUUGUGAUCACAGUGUGAGGACCUUAAGGGACAAGGGGCUGUGGAGAUUCUCACAUGGGUUUCCCAACCUGAACACGAGGAUAAGAAGAGAACACGGAGCCCGAAGGGAAUCGGAGUACGACCAAGGACAAGUGUUCAGUCGAAGCAUUGGAGUGGAAGAAGUGUGACGCAUGGAGGAAUGGAACCUUUUGCCGAUUGUGGAUUAAUAUGAGCACAUCCAUCACAUGUUACAAGAAAACGUACUUUCCAUAGGGCGCCAUAGGGCGAGCACUGAUUAGACCUUUUGUGCUAAUAUGGCCCGAGGAUGACUUUCUCCGUGCCAAUUCAUCUGCCUGCUAGGGGACAGAUGUUGUUGUUUCGAGACCACAAGCAGGUGAGGAGGAGGCAGCAGCGAGGGGUGAGGCCCUGAGGCCCCAGAGGAGAGGCCCCAUACUGGCAGUGUCAAGCGAGGAGCUGUACUUGGGUGAUAUUUAAGUGGAUCGAACGCUGGUUCUUACCGUCUGACCAAAGUACUCCGUCGUCCAAAGUACAACCUUUUGGGAUGUUAAUCGUCCGGGUGCCUUGAGGAAAAACAAGGGGAAAAAAGUACAAAAUUCUCCGGAGCUCGGACUGAACAACUUUUAUUCUUCUCUCACUGCAAUAGGCAUAUGACUGUACACUCCAUGAAAAGAAGAUCUCU